UCGGUGUAUUACUCAUCAAGGAAACAUGGCGGCGCCCACGUCCCUUGACGGCAAAGUGUCCACGUCGGAGCCCGAAAAAGAUCAAUUACGAGGAAGAUACGUUCCAAAUAAUAUGACAAAAGGUGGACCAAGAGGCUUUCAAGAGUACGGAGGAGGUGAUCCAUUACAACUGGACCAAUUUAAAAUAGAUAUAGACGCGUACGACACUUCAAUGGACAUCGCUUCGGCACCACAAGUGGCGACAACAGUUGUUGGCAUUCCGGUCAGCUCUGCAUCAGACUUACGACAGAGAGCAAUUCUUAAUGGUGGGUCCAAAGACUACAUCACUGGACCAAUUCAGCCCUUUGCCAGGCCUCAACAAGGAACCUUGUCCAAGCUAGCCCAGGAGUUUCUAUCAGUUAUUGGUGAAAAGGAAGCAAAACGCGUGGUUCUUUUGGGAGUUGUUAAUAUUACCUGCAUGAUUGUGCUCCUAUUAUGGUGUCAGUCAACCAACAGUAUGGCAUUGAGCGCUUACACGUUUCUGACAGUAUGUGAUCUCAUGCUCCUCAUAACGUGCCUGAUUAGCAUCUGGGUAGCCCAGCAGAAACCAGUCUCAGUAUAUUCAUUUGGGUUUGAGAGAUUUGAAGUGCUUGCGGUAUUUUCCUGUUCUAUGUUGGCAAUAUUUGGGGCAAUAUUUAUCAUGAAAGAAAGCACGGAGCGAUUCUUCCAGCCAGCUGAAAUCCACACUGGUCGCCUGAUGCUGGGUACCGGUCUAGGAUUCAUCUGUCAUGUAAUAGUUGCAUAUGGAGCCAAUAAUAAAGCAUUUAGGCACGUCAUCGAAGCAGCAAGGUCCAGUUGGCUACAGGAACACUUUGCAGAUAUAAGCAAAAAUUUUUGUGCAGUAGUUCCUGGAUUUGAUCGUCUACUUCUUCCCAGAGUCAAUCCAUUCAUACUGAUUGCCUUCGCUGGAGCUCUGUCUCUUUUCAUUACAAAUCUACUUAUUGAUGCAAACAAUUAUUUUAUCGCAGACUCCCUAGCGGCGUUUGCGAUAGCUUUAAUGAUGUGUGGAACCAUGUUCCCAAUGAGCGUCUAUACUGGAACUAUACUACUGCAGACAUCUCCUGCUCACAUCAUCGGCCAACUGGAUAAGAGUCUUAGAGAGGCUUCAACUCUGGAUGGUGUGUUGGAAUUUCGUAAUGAACAUUUCUGGACCAUCUCAUUUGGAACAAUAGCUGGCUCGCUUCAAGUCCGAGUGCGCAGAGAUGCAAAUGAGCAGAUGGUCCUUGCUCAUGUUGCCAACAAAUUGUCUCAUCUCGUCACUACUCUGACCAUCCAGGUCACCAAGGAUGACUGGACUCGGCUCACUCCAAUCUCUUCAUUCCCUGGCGAGGCUCUCUCCACAAAACUACCCCCGCCUGCUCCUCUCAAUGCAAACUUUCUUGCCAGCAACCCGGGCAUAAGCACAUACUCAGCAGCUGCUCUGCCGAAACCGACCAAAAAUCUUUACGAUUUCCAGCUACCCACCACCCCAAGUAGAGCAUCGAGUACACCGUAUGGCACACCAAGUCGAGAUCUGAGUUUCUAUUCGGACAUUGGUCCUAUUUCAUCCUACGGGGCAAUGAACACUCCUGCAGCGUACGAGGAUUCCAAACUCAAAGGGAUUUUGCGGACUGGUGGUGUUGGCAUGAGAACAAUGCCACCUAACAUGGCAAACAGCCGACAGCUUCCAAAUGCCAGGAGUGCUGUAAUCGAUGUGAACAAUUUGGGCACGGCAAAUCUGUACACACCAGGGACGCUUUUGUCGCAACAACAUGAUAUGAGCUUUGAUAGCUGAUAAAGUUGGCAAGCUUUUUAUCAAAUCAACCAAGUUUUUAAUAGUGAAAGGAAACUCUCUGAUUACUGUUGUAAAUAAAAGAGAUUGUCUUAACCGUUGUACAGAGAGCAAGCGAAGAACAAUUAUGUAUUUUCGGUUUACAAAGAGCUCGUCCUUAGUUAUAGUAGCUUGUGUUUGUACAUCUGCCAUUAAUAUAGUGUCUGUCAAAGCCAUAUCAUUCAUUCUUUUUAAGAUAUGGUUACUGAAAUGUAGCUUGAAAUGCACUGUUCCAGAACAGUUUAUGAUACCUACAAUUUCAAACAAAAUUCAAGGGUAGACACCUACAUGAAAUCAAAACAAAUACAGGGUACAUCUACAAUGAACAAAGUUUAUUUAUUUUUUAUUGUAUUUUAUUACACUUCACACUGGCAAAACACUAACAGGAAUUAAAAGAUACAAAAUAGAACGGACUGAGAAACUAAUUACCAAUUAACAAUCAAAACGGUAAAAAAAGAUUUCAAAACACUAUGAGAUUGUUUUUACCCUGUGUAUCUUCAUGUUAAUUUUUCAAUGUUGAGACAAAAGGUCAGACAAAUGAAGACAUCUAUUAUUUGGUUAACAGAGCUAAAUGCCCACCGUAAAAGUGUCAAGAAAAAACCUUCUUCAGUUGUGUAGAAACAAAGUGAUGAAAUUGUCGGCUGAGGUCGUCAUUACGAAAAGGAGUUGCAACAAGACCUUGUUUUUUCCCACAUGCUGUUUCCACCUUGUAUUUUUAGUGUAAAUCGCAAAAGUGUAAACUUUUUGAUACUUUUUGUUGUUGCUAAAUGCAUGUAGGCUCAUGUGGUAAUGUGUCGUUUUCAGGUUUUUUUUACAGUAUUUCUGACCACAUGGGUGAACCAAAUUUAUGUGGUGGAAAACAAGUAAAACAAAUUGUGGUGUUUUGUCGUUUUUAAAUUGUUGUUAUAAUUAUAAUUAUUAUUAUAUAUUUAUUUGGCCAUUUAUAUAAGAAAACAAAAUACAGGCAGUCAGAAUAAGAUACACCUGUAUUUGUGAUGUAAGGAAAUUGCUUUCAAAAGCACCCUUAUGUGGUCAAAAAUACUGUCACUAAUUGAAAGAGGAAAGGAUACUUUUAGGAUCGCAUGAAAACAAUUCUUUUGUUUUUCCCUUCUUCUGUUCAUGAUAUACAGUUUUGUGAUCACUCAAAGCAUCCCAUUUUGAACUACUUAAUUUGUACUCACUUUAAGUCAACAAUUUCCUUAGCUUCUUUCUCCUCCGAAAUUGUAAUAAAAAAAGGAAGCAUUUUUCCGUUGUAUGUGA